AUGUUCAACCCGUCUCUUAUUGCGGACCAGUUGAAAACACAGUGGACUACACCAUCAGAUGUAUUCAGUAUUUUGCUUAUCUUGGGUGGUGACGUUGUUGCGAGGGCCCUGGCGAUGUUGGCUGGCGGUGGAUUCACACCUGUUGCUUUUUCCUUUGGUUGGGUCACCUAUGCGAUUUCAGCACUUGGGCAGGACCGCCUCAUGGUGCAGGAUGCGGAUACGCAGUGCCGGGUCAUCAACGCCAGGACCGGAGUGACGCGAGACAACACCAGCUGGGUCCUGGGCCGCAUAAUGCGGGAUUUCGAAUACUGGAAGGAUCGACAAACAUCUAACAAACUCCACACUCUCAUAGACCAUAAGUGGAGCGUGAUGAGACAGAGGAACCCAGAUGCUCGUCGCCCGAAAUUCGCGGGGCUGGUUGUGAGUGUAUACAAGCCCAGCGAAACCCAGCCGCCGGGGAUCCCUGUGCGAGACGGCCUUUACUGGAGUGGGGCCGUUGUUCUCAUCCUGCAGCUGUCCAUUGCUGCCAUCCCAUGUGGUCUUUUCGGUGACUGGGGAAUCCUCAUGAUCACCGCGGUCGGAAUCAUCCUGUCACUAAUCACCGGGUCCCUUCCCGCAUGGGCACGCGAAAAGUGGCCCUGCCGCCGUGAUUCCGAGGACGGUUAUAUCUUGACAGGCGGGUAUGGAAAUCAGCAUGCGAUCAUCAUUCUGGGAAACGGCCACGGGCUGAAUCUGGAAGAUCUGGCCGUAGGUGGGGGCAAUGAUAUGGAAGACAUCCAGGGCCUUGGCACAACAGUUGCAAUGUUUUUGCUGGCGGUCUCUUGGGUUUCGCUGCUCAUAACCGCGUCUGCGCUCAAGACGAACUCGUUGUUUCUACUAGCUAUUGGAUCUGUCGGGAUGAUCCACAAAAGCUAUAUGUCUAGAUGGUCUCGUAGGCCGGAGAAUUACGGGAUUCCUCUGGAGUUUGAAUCCGUUAUCGGGGAGCCGAAAAUACUGUCCACCUUACUUGAGGUCGAGAGAAGGUACCAUCGUAUAGGGCGAAAUAUGCUACGUGACUUGUUUCCCGACCAACUGAGGCCCAAUGAAGAGCGAGAUUGGAACGAUGUAGAAGCGGCCUGGCAAGAAAAGUACGCGAAGGAAAGAGGACGGGAUCCCAUAGCCCUCCUCGGUGGCUGA